AUGUCGGCAUCAAAAACCUUUCGUGCCGAAUUCCAAAAGCCAUACCCUGACCUGAAGGGCCCUGGUGCGAAUGAAGCCCUCGAUGCACUCUUUGAGAAGGUCACCAAGGCCAAGAAGCAAUAUGGGGAGCCCAAUGAAGAAGAUUACGAGAUUGCAAACGAACCACUUUGGCACCUUCAGGGCCGCCUCAUUAUCAGCCAAGAUCUUACUCUGAAGCGCGUACUCGAAGCAAGAAUCCGACUUACUAUCCAAGCAAGCCUCACCACCCAUUGUCUGACGGCCUUUCCAUACGAAGAGGCGCUCGAGGAGGCUGAGAACAUGGAGCUGUCUGGCGACGAUGAUACGGCCAAAUCUGUGCUCGACUGCUAUCCGCUGUACGGCCUUGUCUUGUUCAUGUUCGGUGUCUGCCCGGAAUUCGUUUUGAAGGGUGGACAGGUGGCGUGGGCGCAAAUGGGUGAUGCAAAUGCUUCCAUUCCAACGGUGCAGCCGAUCUAUGGAAGAGGCAUGCAUGGUGCGAACGCCAAUGCUGCGCCGCACAAUUCGGUGCUUUUCGUCUCUCAGCUUUCCGUUAAGCACGGUAUUGUGAAGCGUUACGGAGUCACCAAGAGGGUCGAGCCGGUGAAAGGAUGCAGGAAAGUUAGUAAGAAGGAUAUGAAGCUCAACACGCAUAUGCCUGAUCUCAAGGUCGAUCCGGAGACGUAUGAAGUGACGGACGCGGGGAUAUUGUUGACUGUUCCGCCUGCGGAGGAGCUGCCUUUGACUCAGAGUUUGCAUCUGUUCUAG